CUGAAUUGCCCGAAGUGAUCAGUCAUGAGACGACGAUAGCUUCCACUGAAUUAUCAGAAGCGGAAAACUCUGCAUCGAUAGCCACUACUACUGAGUUACCAGAAACAGCCACUCUUGAACCGACGGCAACUGUUACUCAAUUAACAGAAAUGACCGCUGAAUUAUCGGAAAUGGUCACAACUGUAUUGUCUAUAACUAUCACUGAGUUACCCGAAACGAUCACUCCUGAGAUAACUACAGCUUCCACUGAAUUACCGGAAGCGGCCACCUUUGGGUUAACAACUAUUACUACUGAAUUGCCGGAAAUUACCACUUCUAAGGCAAUAACAAGUGCCACUGAAUUGCCCGAAGUGACCAGUCAUGAGACGACAAUAGCUUCCACUGAAUUAUCGGAAGCGGAAAACUCUGCAUCGAUAGCCACUACUACUGAAUUAUUAGAAACAGUCACUCUUGAACCAACAACAACUGUUACUCAAUUAAUAGAAACAAUUACUGCUGAGACAAUAACAACGACCGCUGAAUUAUCGGAAAUGGUCACAACACUGCAUUCUAUAACUUCCACUGAGUUACCCGAAACGAUCACUCCUGAGGUAGCUACAGCUUCCACUGAAUUACCGGAAGCGGAAACUUCUGCAUCAAUAGUCACUCUUGAAUCAACAACAACUGUUACUCAAUUAACAGAAACGACUACUGCUGAGGCAAUAACAAUCACCAGUGAAUUAUUGGAAACGGCUACGAUUGUAUCGAUCACAAAUACUAGUGAAUUAUUCGAAACAACCACAAUUCAGGCAAGAAUAACUACCGCUGAACUAUCUGAGACGGCCACUAUCGAGCCAGCAACAACUGCAGGUGAAUUAUCCGAAACGGCAAUCACUGUAUCAACUAUAACGAGCACCGAGCUUUCCGAAACUAUCACUUCUGUGCCAAGUAUAGCUACCACAGGAUUACCAGAAACGACUACCCAUGUAGCAACAACAACUAGCAUUGAAUUACCCAGAAUGACCACUCGUGAGGCAACAAUCACUAUUAUCGGAUUAUCGGAAGCGACCACUGCGAUGCUGACUACAACUAUCACUACUGUAUCUACUGCAGCUACUACUGAGCUACUGGAAACGACUAUCUCGGCAUCAACCAGAACUACCACUAAAUUACGAGAAACGGCCACUUCUGAGACAACAACUAUUUCCACUGAGUUACCCGAAGCGACCACUAGUGUACCGACGUCUACGACUUUCAGAUCGAUAACAACAACAGUGUCUACUAUGCUUGACCAUUCACAAUCGUCUAUAGCUACACAAGGUAUUGAAGAAACAUCAAACCCAAACGUUCCAACUGCAACAAAGGCAACUUCAAUUUCUACUACAGAAGAACCUCUCAUUCCAAUCUUUAAUUGUGAUUUUUCUAUAAAUUCAUGUUUUGAUGAUAGUGAACUUCGUAUUACAAAUGGGAAUGAAUUCACUCCAGCCGAUAUCAGUCAACCACCUCGAGCUCCUUUGUCUGAUGUUAGUUCAAUCAAUAAACCAACAGAUAAUAAUGAAACAUGCAAAUUACCUUAUCAACCAUCAAUAGAUGAUAGUACAAAUAUAACUAGUUCAUAUGUAUGGUUUUGUUACAAGAAUCAAUGUCCAACUGAAAGCCAAGAAUUAGCAAAUUGUAAAUCAGGAAAUUAUGGUUUGAUCUCUAUUGAUGCUUGGGAACGAAAUAAAACUAUUGUUCAGUCGAUUAGUCAAAACAUGAUGAUACGUGACUCUAUUGGAGAACAAUGUCUUCGAUAUUAUUAUUAUUUUACUGUUUAUGAUAAACUUGAUUGGGGACAAAAAAUUUCAGUAUUAAUCAAGUCUGAUAAUAAAACAAACAAUGAAAUCGAAAUUGAUCGACUCUCAGCUGUCGACAUGAUAGAAAAUUCUUGGCAUUCACGAAAUAUAACACUCAAUUCAACAUCUGCUAACUAUUCAUUGAUCUUUCGUUUUGAAGUUACAAAUAUUAAUCGAACCAACGAUCCAGCAUUAAAUAAAACAAUCUAUUUUGCAUUGGAUAAUAUCGAUCUAUAUAGACAAAGCUGUUGGAAUGUGAUCGAGCCAUCUACUAGUCCGAUAAGUACAUCACAAUCUUCAAUAAUAACAACAACGACGGAAUCAUAUGUACUAACAGCUUCUCCUCCAACAACAUCUAAUUAUUUAGGUCUCAUUCUUGUUCUUAUCGGUAGUUGUGAAGUUAUUUGA